AUGGCUAUAUUGGCUACUUAUCGGCAACAAUGUUCUCAAUUGAUAUUUCGAUGUUUUGUUACGAAUACAGUACAGCAGAUGUCAACGCAUUUUGUUCAUAUCAGAGCUCGAAAAUCACCAUAUGUAGGCACUAAAAAUGUUCUUAGAACUGAAGUGUCCGAUGAAAAAGUGCCAUGGAGGCUGCAUUGGUCCGAGUACAAAGCAAGAGAGUAUACAGCGUCAAAAGUAUUGGAAAACCCACCAUGGGCUGAUGAUUCCGAUGCAACAAAGAUCAAGCAUUUCAAUGAAAUUGAUGGAAAAAUUGAUCGGAGAAGUUACAUGGGAGAAUAUGAAGUUGAAGAGAAAACAAAUCGACCAAAGAAUCCUCAAGGUCGAACUGGAUUGUCUGGUCGUGGUUUGCUGGGCCGUUGGGGACCUAAUCAUGCUGCUGAUCCAGUUGUUACUCGCUGGGCUAAAGGCCGCAAGGAGAAAAUUUUAGAAAUCGUUCUCAUCAGCCGUAAAGAUAGUGGAGAUUUGGCUUUACCUGGAGGAAUGGUUGAUCCUGCUGAAAGUAUAUCACAGGCAGUAAAACGAGAAUUCAUCGAAGAAGCUUUGGAUUCCGAUGCGAAUCGUGCUAAACAUCUCGAAAAAUUGUUUAAAAAGGCGAAUUCAAUCUACAAAGGAUAUAUCGAUGAUCCAAGAAAUACAGACAAUGCAUGGAUGGAAUCUGAAGCUUUGAUUAUGCAUGAUGAAACAGGAGAAUUAACCAAAGAUCUAGAACUUCAUGCUGAUGCAUUUAAAUUUGAAGAAGGUGGUGCAGGCUGA